UCAACACACCAACGCAACUACACAAAGGCACUUCAAAAACACCAUUCUAUACAGCUUUGUUAGCACUUUACAUAUGGCUACAAACACUCAAGACUCAACUCAUCUCCCUCUACAAGAAACAAUAGUCCAUAGCAACAAGACGGCCCGAGCCAUAGAGCUUAUGGUUCUUUCUCUUCUUGUCUUCAUACUUGUUUAUCGAGUCGUUUGUUUCAAAGAUCAAGACCAAUACCUCCCAUGGUUGCUUGCGUUUCUAUGUGAGUCGUGGUUUACUUUCAUUUGGACUCUUUGUGUGUGUAUCAAAUGGAAUCAAUGCAUCACAAAAACGUACCCUGACCGACUCUUGAAGAGGGUAAGCGAAUCGGAGUUUCCAUCAAUCGAUAUUUUUGUCACCACUGCAGACCCAAUCCUUGAACCGUCGAUCAUAACAAUGAACACAGUGUUAUCUUUGUUAGCAAUAGAAUGUCCAGUCGACAAAUUAGCUCUUUAUCUAUCUGAUGAUGGUUGUUCGCCUCUUACGUUCUAUUCCUUUGUUGAGACAACAAAGUUUGCAAAGCUUUGGGUCCCUUUUUGCAAAAAGUACAAUAUUCAAGUUAGAGCUCCCUUUCGGUACUUUAAUUCUCAGUCGUCACCUUUAGAAAGUGAGUCACUGGAGUUCCAACAAGAAUGGAAAAGUUUGAAGAAGGAAUAUGGGGAGCUUUGCAAGAAGAUCGAUCUUGCAGCCCAGAGGCCGUUCCUAUGCGAUCAUGAUACAGAUUUUGGUGUUUUCUGUGGUGUCCACCGCUUGGACCAUCCAAGCAUCAUUAAGGUUAUAUCAGAGAACAAAGAAGGUACUCCGAGCGAUCUGCCUCAUGUAAUAUAUAUCUCAAGAGAGAAGAGCCCCAAACAUCAGCAUCAUUACAAAGCUGGAGCUAUGAACGUUUUGACUAGAGUCUCUGGAGUAAUGACGAAUGCGCCACUGAUGCUGAAUGUAGAUUGUGAUAUGUAUGCGAAUAACCCACAAGUUUUUCUCCAUGCAAUGUGUAUGGUGUUUGGUUUCAAGGAUGAAGAUAAUUGUGCUUUUUUUCCAAUUUCCUCAAGCUUUUUAUAAUGGAUUGAAGGAUGACCCAUUUGGGAAUCAACUCGCUAAUCUUUUUUAUCUUGCAUACGGAAUAUCAUCAAUUCAAGGGCCUUUCUACGCAGGAUCAGGUUGUUUUCACAGACGAAAGGUUAUUUACGGUUCAUCUCCAGAUGAUAUGACUAAAUCUGAUAACAUCAGUAAUGAAGAUCUACAAAAAAUCUUUGGGAAAUCAAUUGAAUUAAGAGAAUCAGCUGCUCGUAUAUUAUCAGAAUCAAAUUCAAAGAUUGAAAAUCGAAGCAGUCCCUCUAGUUGCAUUGAGGCUGCAAUCCAUGUUGCAAGUUGUAGCUAUGAGUAUGGCACCUCAUGGGGCAUACAGGUUGGUUGGCUUUAUGGAUCCACAUCAGAAGAUAUUCUAACAGGACUCGGUAUCCAUGGGAGAGGAUGGAAAUCUGCUAUUACCUCAUCUGACAUGUUUGCGUUUCUUGGUUGUGCACCAACAACAUACCCUUCUACAUUAAAACAACAGAAAAGAUGGGGUAGUGGCACUAUUGAAAUCCUAUUCACAGAUAAGAAUCCAUUACUGCUUACUAUAAAAGCAAACCUUUGGUUUCGACAAGCCCUUGCCUAUCUUUGGUUAUGUUUAUGGCCAGCCCAUUCAGUUCCUGGGAUAUGUUAUGCAUCUCUCCCUGCAUAUUGUAUCAUCACGGGAUCACACUUCUUUCCCAAGGUCAACGAACGACCUUUUCUCAUCUUCAUGGGUAUUUUUGUCAUUUACAAUCUUUAUGUUUUCUGGGAGUUUCGACGUAUAGGCUUAUCACUUCGUAUGUGGUGGAAUUUACAGAGAAUUGUGAGAGUGAAUACUAUGACAGCGUGGUUAUAUGGGUUUAUAAGUGUGAUUCCAAAGCUCAUGGGUUUAUCAAAAACAACUUUCGAAGUUACACAAAAGGAAUACAAAUCGCAUGAUCUUG